AUGGCUGUCCAACGCAACAUCCAGUGGCUCCUCCCGAGUCUCACUUGCUUGCUUGCAUACUUCCAUUCAAUCAUCAUGCGACCACUUCACCUCGACCUAAAGUUCCACGAAAAGGUCGGCAAGGCAGCCGUUGAACGCAGUGUCAUCGUCGCAGAAGACAUCGAGUGGUUCAAAGCGGAUCGAACGGCCAAGCUAGGGAAGCCUUCGACUGAGCUGGAGAAGGAGAAAGGCAUGGGGAGCAGGCUCCAUGGGAUGAGAAUGUUCAAAGUCAUCGGCGACCUGGAGGAAGAUGAUCGUUUUGACAAGUUCGUAGAUGGAGCGGAAGGGUUGAGGGAGCUGUACGAGGCUAGCGAGAAAUGGUCAGUCAUUGUCUCCGCCUUUGAAAUUCCUCGUUGGGACGCGGGUCUACCUCCCAUCAGGCUUGUGGGCAUAAAGAAUCAAACUGCGACCGACAUCUUCUCAGGGGAUCUAUAA